GGGCCUUUGCCAGACCCCCCCCCUCCCUCCGGCUGCGCUCCGCGGACCCCCGGACUCCCCACCUGCCGCUGCCUCGCGCAUAGACCCCAGGCGGCGGCCUCACGCUGCGGGAGGGCUGGGGCCCGUCUGACUCGGCCUCCGGGGCUAAGGGUGCACCUCCUGCAGCCGAGGGCGCUGAAGGGGGACGCCCCGGCCUCGGGGCCACAGCUGUCGCUUUCUCGUUGUCACGAACGCCGUCCGCCCGGGUGGCGCCCCCCGACCGGCGCGAUGAGUGCCAACGAGGACCAGGAGAUGGAACUAGAAGCAUUACGUUCAAUUUAUGAAGGAGAUGAAAGUUUCCGGGAAUUAAGUCCAGUUUCAUUUCAAUACAGGAUAGGUGAAAAUGGUGAUCCCAAAGCCUUCUUAAUAGAGAUUUCCUGGACAGAAACAUAUCCCCAGACACCUCCAGUUAUAUCUAUGAAUGCUUUUUUUAACAACACCAUAUCAUCAGCUGUAAAGCAGAGUAUAGUAGCCAAGUUACAGGAGGCAGUGGAAGCUAACCUCGGGACCGCCAUGACUUACACUUUGUUUGAAUAUGCCAAGGACAAUAAAGAGCAGUUCAUGGAGAAUCACCAUCCCGUUAAUUCUGUGACACCCAUAAGCAAUAUCAUCUCCGUUGAAACUCCUAAUAGAGCCCCAUCAAGUAAGAAAAAAGACAAGAAAGAACAACUUUCAAAAGCCCAGAAACGUAAGCUGGCAGACAAAACAGAUCAUAAAGGAGAACUUCCUCGAGGAUGGAACUGGGUUGAUGUGGUAAAGUUAAGCAAAACUGGCUCAAAAGAUGAUGAAUAGUGCUUGGAGUUUGAGACAAGGCGAGAACAUCCUUCGAAAAGUAACCUGGUUCAAAAUCUUUCAUUACUUCCUUCUAUUGAGGUGGCUUUUUAUAAAACAGAAUUUUUUUGUAUGUUUCUUACAUAAAAAAUGUUUGAAGCUGAAAGUUCAUUAAGAGUUCUGGUCAUAUUAAAUUAUUUUUACAAACUUGCCUUAAUAAAAGGUGAAAAUGUUACUGCUCAGUAUACUUUAUGAAGCAGUUGAACUUUGUAAAUGGACAUUGAGAAUAAUAAAUAAUCAGUGUUAAUUUAUAUGAUCUUAUUCUAGUGGAUGUGAUAUUUUCUUAAAGGAGUAUGAAGCCCAUUUCAAACACUUACCCCAGUGGAGCAGAACACUGAGUGAACAAUUAUUCCAUGGCAUGAUCUAUAUUAAUAGGCUUCUCAUCUUAAUAAAAGUUCCACCUUUUCUUUCUCUUAAUUGCUGAAGUAUAAAUUGUUUCAGAGAAAUUUAAAUAUUGGUAUUUGGAUUUUACACAUAAUAUUCUUUUUAGUUUAUUUUUUUCAAGGGUGAACUUCUUUUUAAUAAAUGAGUAUCUGUUUAUAGUUUUCUCUUGGUUUGGGUCACAAUGUUUGAUCAUGAGCUUUGAAUGGUGUGUGGAAUAGGAGAAUGUAAGACCAAAUCUGCCAAAUACAUUAGAAAGCAUUUUAUAGAAGUGCUGGUUCCCAUUUCUCUCUUCUGCAUAUACCAGGAUGGGAGUAAAAGAUGCCUUAAUGUUUAAUUUUUGUAUUGUUGUGACGGUGGUUUUAAUAAAUUCCUAUUUAUCCGCUGUUGUCUCUUUUUAGUUGUUUGGUACCUGAGGUCUUCUUCUAAAUGGCUUAAUAUUAAAACCACAUUUCAAAUCUUGUUUCUUUUCAUGUACCAAAUGUGUUUCUCAGCCUGAAUAUCUUUGUAAUAAUAGACAUAAAGGUCUUUCAAGUGCUGAGUGGUAGUACAUGCUUGAUUUUUUUUUUUAAACAUUGAUAAGGGAAGCUAUUAGUAUUGUUUUACCAGAAAGUUAUUGAUGUGUGUGUGCGAGUGACAGUGAUUCUGUAUAUGCUGCCCAGCUUUAAAAACACUUAGAACUACUACUGCUUGUGGAAGGCAGAUUCCGGUUUCUUAAGUCAGACCUCGGCAGUGAUGGGCUAAGGAUUUAAAGAAUAAUUAAUUUUGAAAGCAGUUUCCUUAGCAUAAGAGCAAUGUAAGUUUAUCCAUGGUUUUUACUGGGUUAACAUUGGCUUCAGUAAUCGUUUGAAUUAUGAAGUAAGUUAUAAUUAUGGUGAAGAAGUUUAAUCUCAUUCAAAAGCUGAACUACGUUUGACUUCUUGAAUCAAUGUGAUAGAAACAUGAAAAUUUAGAACCACUGGAAUAUGCCAACUUUGGGGAUUAUGUGUGUAGUUUCUGUUGUGUUGAUUUGUUUGCCUGGUUUUGUUAAAUUGCUACAUCUGUUAGUGGAAGAAAAUAACUUUGUUUUGUUCUGAAGAUUCCAAAAUUGUUCAGGCUAUUGUGAUUCAUAGAUUACAAAGAAUAAUGUUAGUUCAAUGCCAACGAACUGUUUUUACUCUUUUUAUAUCAAAUAUACAAAUAUUGGGGGGUGAUGGCAGUGGUGCCUCUUAUUACUUAUGUAAAACACUUGAACAAUCUCAUCUAUAUUGCCAUCAUCUGUUUAAUACUCCCAGUAUAUUUUCUCAGUCUGUUUACUUAAAAUUGUAUGGAAUGACAUAUUAAUAAGCAAUAAAAUCUGACUUGCACACAGUGA